AUGCAAGUUAGUACCGGUGAUCCAUGUAAAGAGCAUCAAUCGAAGAGAGCAUGCGUUCAGUGCAAGAAGAGAAAGAAAAAGUGUAGCGGCGAACUCCCAUGCACUUACUGUAUAAAGAUAGACAAGCCUGAGCGGUGCGAAUAUCGAGCACGACAAACUUCUAAAAGGAUCAGUGUCACUGCUAAAUAUGUGGAAUCGUUGAAAGCCCAAAUUCAUGAGCUGGAGCAGAAGUUGCAGCAAACAACAGAAGACCGUUCGACGCAAAAAAUGCCAAGGAAAACCAGCGAUGCCAGAAAUCCGCUCAUUGAAAAUGACCGCGAAGAUUUCCGUUUGUCUGGUGUCAAAAAUGUUGCCAUUUCCGAGAAACCUUAUACCGGCUAUUCUUCUUGCGCUAAGUUCUUGACGGAAAUCAGUGAAUCGAUAGUCGGAGCCAACACAGUGCGCCCCAAAAGCAACAAUGCGUCCGCGAAAAUACUGGCUCAGUGCCUGCAAGUCAGCACUGGUUUCCAGGAAAUUUACCAAAUAGCUAGAGAUCGGUUGCCAACAAUCGCACAUGCUCUUAUACUUCUGAGAGUAGCUGAUAAAACCAUCGGCGCUGACUACAUGUAUCUCGAGUCUGACUAUACCAACCGCAUUUUGGAACCCAUCAUUUACUCGUCAACCGUGCCGGAAACGGAAGAAGAUGUGAUUCUUUAUGUCACUGAAAUGUCCCGUUUCUAUAGCUACAUUGCGCUCGGAUCUCUUUUUGAUCACGGCAGUGCCAGACCUCGAUGUCCUGGCGUUCAUUUCUUCGAAACUGGCGUUUCUCUGCAAAGUUUCCUACAAAAAGCAUACGAUCAGGCAAUCAGCAGUUCUCUGAUUCAAACACACCUUUACCUCACUUUUUACUCGCUGUCUUUGAAUCAAAUGUCCUUUGCAUUCAACAUGAUCGGAAUCGCGAUCCGAAUGGCAUUUUCACUCGGGUUACAUGAGGCGACAGGAACGCUCGCUCAAAACCGAACGUUUUGGCUCUGCUUCGUUUACGAUAGACUGAUUGCAAUUAGACUGGGUUUGCCAUUCAUGAUUGAAGAGUCUGAAAUCCAGAUACCUUUUUUAGACGCAACCGACGAUGGCUCAGAAACAACAUCGUUGAGGAAAUACUACUUGGCAUCGCACGUCGGACUGGCAAAAAUUACAACCAAUAUUAUAAGGAAGAUAUACACCAGAAACUCCACUUCAUUUGUCCAAAACUGCUAUGACAUUUUAGAGGAUUUGCAGAAUUGGCUCAAUAAUCUUCCAAGCAACCUAAAACUGGAUCAUGAAAAGAUUCAAGGAUGGGAGACCAGAUCUAUUUUCAACCUCCAUAUCAAUUACAACUACUCUUUGAUAGUAACGACUCGACCUGUCUUGUUCUACGUAUUCCAGAGAUCUUUGAGUGACAACGGAGAACAUCGGCAAGGUAUGUCAGAGAAGUUGUCGGGCGUUGUUGCUGAUUUAGUUGACGCUUGUACUAAGGCGGCCGAAAUUCAAAGCCGGAUUCUCACUAAGCUAUUUUAUGGCGAAAACUUCGGAGUGUGCUCUUUCUUGGAUUGUCAUUUUAUUUUCAACGCUACGGUAAUUCUUAUACUCCGGGCAUACUGUCAGUCAAUUCCAACUUUUGAGAUCAAGUACAACUCAGAUAUGAAUGUGCUAUUCGAGCUGAUACAACUAAAUUUGAAAGUUUUGUCCUCUCUAUCGGAACACAACGUUGCUGCUUCGCAUUUCUACGAGAAGCUCACUGAGCUUUUGAAAUUAUUAAGAUCUAGAGGUGCCUUCGUUGACAUCCUUUCCACCAGGCCUAGAAAGAGCGGAAACUCUUUAGAUCAACCACAUGAUGGCAAAAUAGACAUUCUUUGGGAAGAUGAGGCUGUGUUUGAGGACAAUUCUAUUGAUACCUUUGAGAUCGUGGAUAUCGCACAAGUCUUGAAUGGAAUUGAAAACCAAGGUUACUUCGGGAAUGGCGAUCCAUAUUCGCUUGGUGAUAUUGAUUAUCUAGGAUCCUUCGAUUGGCAUUAA